AUGACCAAUCCUGCACUUUGUUCUGAUGCUUGGUCAAUUAGAAAAUUGGGAGUAAACGAUUCCAAGGAUACUACUGCUCCUCCUGACGACUCGAAUAUGGACGAUCCAAUUAAAGAGAAGAAAAACUUUUACUGUCAAUUUCAGGGCGACUUCACUCCUCCAGUUGAGUAUUCUUCUCUCAAAGAAACUAAGACUGAGCAUGUGUCAUCUUGUGACCUACAAUCUGACCGCCAUUCGCAAAUUCGAUGUCGUGUACGUGAAUGGAUUGGGUUUCUACCACGUAACGUUCAAAUUGAAAAACUUGAAUUGAUUUUUAAUCCGAUUCGUUAUCGAUUAUUUUUAAAUCAAUUACAAACUGUUGAAUGCCGUCAAGAAAAAUCUGCUUUUCAGCCAAAUUUAUCAAUCGAAAAUGAUCAGGAAGAACGAAUUAAUGUGUUAAAACGGCUUCAAGCGCAAUUCCCAAGUGUAGCACAUAAUAGAAAAGCUCGAAUAGUUCGGAUGUGGCACGGAUGUUCGCGUAAAACACUUUCUGAUCUUUUAUCAGAUGGUAUUGCCACAUUGGGAACAAAAGACGAUGGAUGGUAUGGUAAAGCCAUGUAUUUUACUUCCAGUGCCGAAUAUGCUCUUCGUUAUAGUGGGGACGAUGGAUGUUUAAUAUUGUGUUACAUAUUGAUUUUAAAUCCAUUUCCGAUCGUUUAUUCAGAUUGCCCGUCAAACAUGGAACCAGCGAAAUUUCGCUUCUAUGGAAAAGGAAAUUACAAAAACUACCAGUGCCAUUAUGUUCCCAUUGAUCAGAAUGAUUUUAGACCACCGCUCAUGUCUAAGGAUGCUAAAUUCGAUGAACUAGCUGUAUUUCAAGAAGCUAAUAUUUUACCACAGAUUGUUGUCUAUCUAAAAUCAGGUUGA